CGUAGCUAAAGAGUCCGUGUCGUCUUCAAACCCACAGUGGGGAAAAGCCCUGUGCCUGAGAGUCAGGGAAGAGGGAGACCCUUUGGCUGUGGUUCCAUUUGCAGGUGGGAACAGGAUUUGCCAGUGUAUUCAUAGCUCACACCUCCAUCCCCAAAGAGGUAACACUACAGAAGCAUCAGAGAGAGGACAUGUCAGUCCCAGCUGUAAUGCAGAAACAUCAGAGGGACUGACGUGUCCAGCUGUAACACUGCAGAAACAUCAGAGCGAGGACGUGUCAGCUGGGACUCUGGUGGGACUGAGCUGUAGCUGGAGCCAUAGGAGGCUGACAAAAUCAGCACUGCACCAUGAAUUGCUACUUCAUGUGUUAUGAUACUGGAUGCUGAAGUGAGGGGAAUGCAGACAUGGGGUAGGGGUAGCCCAGAGAAACUUAGGGUAUCUGCAUACAAACUGGCUGCUGUACAGACACUGAGGACAUUCCCCCCCGCCCCCCAGGCCUCUGUUCAAGUCUUCAUGGGGGCCAUCCCACCACACAGGAGACUAUAGGGGCCUGGGAAUCAGGGUGUGGCCUAUGAGUGUGAGCCUCCUCCUCUGGGAAAAAGAAAAGGUUUGGGUCUACUCAGCGUCAUGUUUGCAGAUUCCAACAGGCAGGAUCCUAGUGACAGUCAGCCUGUGCUCGCUGCUGGCUCCUGGGCUGUGUGUGCUCUGGUCCGCCAAGUGUGAUGGGCUGGGCUGGGGUCAAACACACAGCCAACUCAGGAGAGGGAUGCCCGUGGGGGAACAUGUGGCUCUCAGCAUUGGAAGGACAGAGCUAGGAUGAUGGUUUUCCAGUGGCACUUGUUCAGGUUCUCAUCCACGUCUCAGCUUGGCCAAGGCCUGUCACUGACUCAUUUACCAAAGUCGACGUGAUGAGGAGCCUUUGCACUUGAAAGGACAGUGGUAGCUUCAGAGCAGAUAAGGCGGAGCUGCUCAUUUUUGCUAGCUUUGGUGGCCACUUCCCCCUCCAACUCCCUGUCUCAUCUUACCCUUAUUAUGCCUCCUCGAUUGGAGGGUUGAAUAGGAAGCUGAACAGAGAGCUGAAUAGGAAGGACUUGCCAUUACCUAAGGCCGUGCAUGACACCCUCCUGGGGACCUCCCCACCCCAGUGUAAUGGCCCUGUAUGGCAGAGACAGAAGGGUGGGCUGGGGGCCAUUUGCUUCCUGUGGCCUUAAGCCUACUACACCCCAUCCCUACCUAGGACCUUACCGUCAAGGAAAUUAAUGGUCUUUUAAAUGGAAAAAAUUAAAAGAUGAGCAUUUGCAACUUAAAAUAGAUGUAGUUUCCUUGACAGUAGUGUGGACCCCUACAACACAGCCUCCUGUCUCUAUUCCAGGGCAUGGUUCAUUUUUUUUUUUUUGAGAUGUAGUUUUGCUCUUGUUGUCCAGGCUGGAGUAUAAUGUCAUGAUCUCAACUCACUGCAACCUCCACCUCCUGGGUUCAAGUGAUUCUUCUGUCUCAGCCUCCUGAGUAGCUGGGAUUACAGACAUGCGCCACCACACCAAGCUAAUUUUGUAUUUUUAGUAGAGCCAGGGUUUCUCCAUGUUGGUCAGGCUGGUCUCAAACUCCCGACCUCAGGUGAUCCAUCCACCUCGGCCUCCCAAAGUGCUGGGAUUACAGGUGUGAGCCACCAUGUCUGUUUGUUUGUUUGUUGAGACAGUGUCUGUCUGUUGCCCAGGCUGGAGUGCAGUGGGGCAAUCUCGGCUCCGCCUCCUGAGUUGAAGCCAUUCUUUUGCCUCAGCACCUUGAGUAGCUGGGAUUGCAGGCUUCCACUAAUACACCUGGCUAAUUUUGGUAUUUUUAGUAGAGACGAGGUUUUACCAUGUUAGUCAGGCAGGUCUCAAACUGACCUCAAGUGAUCAGCCCAUGUUGUUCUCCUGAAGUGCUGGGAUGACAGGCGUGAGCCACCGUGCCUGCCUACGUACCAUGAUUUUAAAGUUGCAGUGGUUCCCUACUGCUUGUAACUCAGUCUUGUCUUUUCAGUGGUAACCAAUUUCUGUUUCAAACUGAAAGGUGCAUGAGGGGGAGUUCUGGUAUUAGUCUGUUUUGUGUCACCGUAAAGGAACACCUAAGGCUGGGUAAUAUAUAAAGAAAAGAGGAUCGGGCCGGGCGCGGUGGCUCACGCCUGUAAUCCCAGCACUUUGGGAGGCCGAGGUGGGUGGAUCAUGAGGUCAAGAGAUCGAGACCAUCCUGGUCAAUAUGGUGAAACCCUGUCUCUACUAAAAAUACAAAAAUUAGCUGGGCAUGGUGGUGCGCACCUGUAGUCCCAGCUACUUGGCAGUCUGAGGCAGGAUAAUUGCUUGAACCCAGAAGGCGGAGGUUGCGGUGAGCCGAGAUCCUGCCAUUGCACUCCAGUCUGGGUAACAACAGCGAAGCUCCGUCUCAAAAAAAAAAAUUAGAUAUUUAUAAUUACAUAAAAAUUAUAUAUUUAUAAUUUUUUUAAGUAAAAAUAACCUUUCUACUUUUUCUCAUUUGGAUCCUGUUUCUGGGAAUUUUUUUUUUUUUGAGAUGGAAUUUAGCUCUGUUGUCCAAGCUGGGGUGCAGUGGUGCGAUCUUAGCUCACUGCAACCUCCGUCUCCCAUGUUCAAGCGAUUCUCCUGCCUCAGCCUCCUGAGUAGCUGGGACUACAGGCACCUGUCAUCACGCCCAGCUAAUUUUUUGUAUUUUUAGUAGAGAUGGGGUUUCACCGUGUUAGUGAGGAUGAUCUCAAUCUCCUGACCUCAUGAUGCCCCUGCCUUGGCCUCCCGAAGUGCUCUGAUUACAGGCGUGAGCCACCGUACCCAGCCAGAAUUUUUUUUUUUCAGUUGACUGAAACUCCAUUUUAAAUGUGUUUGGUCCCUCUGUUUCCUUCUUUCCUUGUUAGUAUGAUGUAAAAUUUUAUUGGCCUUCUCAAAAACUUAAAAUCUCUCUAAAUUGGUUUAUUUAAGAGUUGUUCUCCCAUUUUCUUCUACUCUUUCUUCCUUUUGCUGUCUUUGAUACCACAUAGAGAAAUCUGGAAGCGUCUUCUAAUGUCCCUGAGACCCUCUGAGGAACACAGAAAAAGUGUCACAUAUACCUUCUAUGGAGUCUUCUGUCUUCCUCAUGGAGUCCUAGAGUAGCAGGCAGUUUAUUUGAAGCCUAAAGCUCUGAUCUCUUUUACAUUGAGUUCUCUGAUGUUUUGGCCUGGGGGGUUCUAUGAAAGAACAUGAUCUUUGGGUGAGUAAUGGCUGGUAAGUUACUGGCAAGGGCUGCAGUUUUGGCGGUAGGUGAUAGCAGCUGUCAGUGAGUGGUUAUUACUGCAGGGUCUACUAAUUCCUCUGCAUGUUUAAAUAAGAAAACCAUUGUUUGAACACUUGGAGACUUAUAGAAACACUCAUCACCAAGGGAUCAGAAUCCUGUCGGAGAUGGGCUGAUCACAGAGUGGGCUAAUUGGUGCUAGGUCUCCCACGAGCCUCAGGGAAUGUCCAUGCAGUGAGGUGCACUGUGGAAGCACAGCCCUGUCCUAUGGUAUUUCCAUCUUGUGAGGGACUCAAGAUUCCAUAUAAAAGUGGGAUUCAGCCGGGCGUGGUGGCUCACGCAUAUAAUCCCAGCACUUUGGGAGGCUGAAGCGGGUGGAUCACGAGGUCAAGAGAUCGAGACCAUCCUGGUCAACAAGGUGAAACUCCAUCUCUACUAAAAAUACAAAAAUUAGCUGGGCAUGGUGGUGCACACCUGUAGUCCCAGCUACUCAGUAGGCUGAGGCAGAAUUGCUUAAACCCAGAAGGCGGAGGUUGCGGUGAGCCGAGAUCGUGCCAUUGCACUCCAGUCUGGGUAACAACAGCGAAACUCCAUUUCAAAAAAAAAAAGUGGGAUUCUUGAUUUUUAAAGUGCUAGAUGCUCUGCCUUUCAACUGUGUCACUUUUUACAUAGAAGAGGUUUCCAUCAUGUUGGUCAGGCUGGUCUCGAACUCCUGACCUCGUGAUCUGCCUGCCUCGGCCUCCCAAAGUGCUGGGAUUACAGGCGUGAGCCACCGCACCCGGCCUAUAUUUUUCAGUUUUAAAAAAUGCAGCCCUGCUUGAGUCGACAUCUUCAAUCAUUGCAGAUCGCUAACUGAAGCUGUCCCACUCCCCAGGAAGGAAGAGGACAAAACAAAUUGGCCAUGGUUAAAGAUGUGAUGGUAAAAAAAAAAAAAAAAAAUGGUCAUUUUAUUUUUUUGUGGCUGAAAACUCAACAUAAUAAUCAUAAUUGUGACUGAUAGCAUACCAUAUACCAGUCAUCUUGUUGUUCAAACCAGGAUGAGAAGUGGAAAAUGUAUUAGAAAAUAUCACUCAGCACUGGGCACGGUGGCUCAGGCCUGUAAUCCCAACACUUUUGGCAGCUGAGGCGGGUGGAUCACGAGGUCAAGAGAUCGAGACCAUCCUGGCCAACACAGUGAAACCCCGUCUCUACUAAGAAAGACACAAAUUAGCUGAGCAUGGUGGUGUGUGCCUGUAGUCCCAGCUACUUGGGAAUCUGAGGCAGGAGAAUCACUUGAAGUGGGAGGCAGAGGUUGCAGUGAGCUGAGAUUCAGGCAGAUCACUUGAGGAGUGGAGUUCGAGACCAGCCCUACCAACAUGGUAAAACCUUGUCUCUACUAAAAAUACAAAAAAUUAGCUGGGUGUGGUAGCAUGUACCUGUAAUUUCAGCUAUUCGGGAGGCUGAGCCACAAGAAUCUCUUGAACCCAGGAGGCAGAGAUUGCAGUGAGCCAAGAUUGUGCCACUCCACUCCAGCCCGGGUGACAGAGCAAGAUGCUGUCUCAAAAAAAAGAAAAAAAGUUUAAAUUAUUUCAAAGUAACAAAGUGUAUAUUAAAACAUUCCAAACAUGAUGAGCCUUCUUGCCCUACAAGGAUUUACAAGUAGAAUCAGUUAGGUGGACAGUUAUAGCUGACAGUCGACAGAGAGUUAUAGAUGGAGGUAGGUAUAGAGGGAGGGAGGCAAAAAGAAUUAAGAAAUUUCACACCUGAGAAUUGUCUGCAGUUCCCAAAAACAAGACAAACUCCUGAGGUCAGGAGUUCAAGACCAGCCUGUCAAACAUGGUGAAACCCCGUCUCUACUAAAAAUACAAAAAUUAGCCGGGCGUGGUGGUGCACACCUGUGGUCCCACCUAGUAGAGAGGCUGAGUCAGGAGGAUCACUUGAAGCUGGAGGCCGAGGUUGCAGUGAGCCUAGAUCGUGCCACUGCACUCCAGCAUUGGCAACAGAGCAAGAUCCUGUCAAAAAAAAAAUCAAAACAAAACAAACACUUAAAUUGGUUCCAAGAAAAAAGGAAAAAAGUCAAUAUUGUGAUGUGUGGGGCCAGACAAGAACUAGAUGGUCUAAGGACAAGCAAGCCUGGGGAAGUACCUUCUGCCCAUCCAAAUUACAAGGAAAACAGACGCCUUGGGCAAGCCUCCAAAAACAAUCACAGACUCAAGACAAAUACAGGCUUACAGGCUGAGAAUUCUCAUGCCUGUAAUCCCAACACUUUGGGAGGCCAAGGCGGGUGGAUCACGAGGUCAAGAGAUCGAGACCAUCCUGGUCAACGUGGUGAAACCCCGUCUCUACUAAAAAUACAAGAAAUUAGCUGAGCAUGGUGGCACGUGCCUGUAAUCCCAGCUACUCGAGAGGCUGAAGCAGGAGAAUCACCUGAACCCAGGAGGCGGAGGUUGCGGUGAGCCGAGAUCGCGCCAUUGCACUCCAGCCUGGGUAACAAGGGGGAAACUCUGUCUCAAAAAAAAAAAAAAAAAAAAAGAGAAACUGACCUUAGGCCGGUCGCGGUGGUCCACACGUGUAAUCUCAGCACUUUGGGAGGCUGAGGCAGGCGGAUCACGAGGUCAGGAGUUUGAGACCAACAUGGCCAAACCCCGUGUCUACUAAAAAUACAAAAAUUAGCCAGGUGUGGUAAUCCCAGCGACUCUGGAGGCUGAGGCAGGAGAAUCACUAGAACCCGGGAGGUGGAGGUUGCAGUGAGCCGAGAUUGUGCCACUGCCCUCCAACCUGGGCGACAAGAGCAAUACUACGUCUCAAAAAAAAACAAAAAAACACCUUAAACAUUUACGGGACACUGACACAGACAGAAGUCAAACCCAUGCCCAGUACGCACAGUCGGUGAGAGACAGAGCUGGGAAGGGAACCCAGAGCUCCAGGCAACGACUCCUCCACCCACACCUGCCCUACGCGGUGCGUUUUCUCUCCCGUGCUCCCCGCUGGUGUUGCCUUCUGGAACCUUGGCAGUUUCUGCUUUCGUACCUGCAGGGUCUAGUCUCGGGGCUGCUUGGGUGGGCGCCGGGAACCCGUAACCCGGAGGCAGGACUACCCACCAGCGCCACCGAGACCUUGAAAGCCCGUGGCAGCCACGUAACUCCAUUUCCCAGCGCCCCGCGCAGCGGCGCUUGGACGUUGCCAUGGAGACCGGUAAGGGCCCCGCCUCUACGGCGAGAAACUGGCGGGAACCACAUGACCCCGAAGGCUGCGCGCAGGCAUCCGCGGCGUGCAUUGGGCCAAUGAGAACCGGAGGGCUGGACUUCCGGCGGCGGGGCUGUCACUUCGCUGCUCGCGUCAGGCCACACCGGUGGUCUGGGCCGGGGCCCGCGGGUUGGGGCCGGUUUCCAGGAGGUUCCCGGGGCCCGAGGCGGGCGGCGAGGAAGGACCAGAUGGCCUUCGAGGAUGUGGCUGUGUACUUCUCCCAGGAGGAGUGGGGGCUCCUGGACACAGCCCAGAGGGCCCUGUACCGCCGUGUGAUGCUGGACAACUUCGCACUUGUGGCCUCACUGGGACUCUCCACCUCUCGACCUCGUGUGGUCAUCCAACUCGAGCGUGGUGAGGAGCCCUGGGUUCCUAGUGAAACGGACAUGACCAUGUCCAGGAACACCCACAGGAGGCGCAACCCUGGUUCCUGGGGUUUGGCAGAAGAUGGAGAUGUUUCUGGAGAAGCGGCAAGGCAACGGGCUUUUCCAGAUACCCUACCCGUAAUGACUGCUAGUGUCUUCCCCAUUGCCGGUGCCUGCCACAGUACAGAAGGCCUGCAAGGCCUGCAGCAACAACGGGGUGCCUCCCCAUCUCGGGAGAGAAAACCCACGGGGGUGUCUGUGAUCUACUGGGAGAGGCUCCUGCUAGGCUCAGGCAGUGGGCAGGCCAGCAUCAGCCUGCGACUGACCUCCCCGCUCAGGCCUCCUGAGGUUGGCCAGCUUAGGGAAGAGACCCUCACAGAGCACCCAGUGCCUGGGAUGCAGCCCAGGACGCCCGAGCGGCAGAAGCCAUGUGCACAGGAGGCCCCUGGGAGAGCCUUCAGGAACACCCUGGACCUGGAGGCUGCCAGCGGUCAGGGGGAUCACAGAAUGGGUGCGGCUUGGCAGGAGCCUCAGAGACUCCUCGGUGGCCAGGAGCCCUCCACCUGGGAUGAGCUGGGCGAGGCUCUCCACGCUGGGGAAAAGUCCUUCGAAUGCAGGGCGUGCAGCAAAGUGUUCGUGAAGAGCUCCGACCUCCUCAAGCACCUACGCACCCACACGGGGGAGCGGCCCUACGAGUGCUCCCAGUGCGGCAAGGCCUUCAGCCAGACGUCGCACCUGACGCAGCACCAGCGCAUCCACAGCGGCGAGACGCCCUACGCGUGCCCCGCGUGUGGCAAGGCCUUCAGGCACAGCUCCUCACUGGUGCGGCACCAGCGCAUCCACACGGCCGAGAAGUCCUUCCGCUGCUCCGAGUGCGGCAAGGCCUUCAGCCACGGCUCCAACCUCAGCCAGCACCGCAAGAUACACGCGGGCGGGCGUCCCUAUGCCUGUGCACAGUGUGGCCGCCGCUUCUGCCGCAACUCGCACUUGAUCCAGCACGAGCGCACGCACACGGGCGAGAAGCCCUUCGUGUGCGCGCUCUGCGGCGCCGCCUUCAGCCAGGGCUCCUCGCUGUUUAAGCACCAGCGUGUGCACACGGGCGAGAAGCCCUUCGCCUGCGCACAGUGUGGCCGCGCCUUCAGCCACAGCUCCAACCUGACCCAGCACCAGCUUCUGCACACGGGCGAGCGGCCCUUCCGCUGUGGGGACUGCGGCAAGGCCUUCGCCAAGGGCGCUGUGCUGCUGAGCCACCGGCGCAUUCACACGGGCGAGAAGCCCUUCGUGUGCACGCAGUGUGGUCGCGCCUUCCGUGAGCGGCCGGCCCUCUUCCACCACCAGAGGAUCCAUACCGGUGAGAAGACCGCCCGGCGAUCCAGGGCCGGCCUGCAGCCCCAGGCCAGGUCUGUUUCUGGGGCAUCAGAAGGUGCCCCAGCGAAGGAAAGCGAGCCCACUCCCGCCUUGGGCCCAGCCGCAGUCUCGGAGCCAGCGGAGGUCUGAGGUCACAGGUUGCAGCCCUGGCCUUCUGUGAAUCCCUUCCACAGCUAAAGGGCAUAUGUCCUCUGCAGAUCCACAGCAGAGAAAAAGCCUUGUACUUGCUAGUCAGGGACAAAGGAGCCCCUUUGGCUGUGAUUUCAUUUGCACGUGGGGACAGGAUUUGCCAGUAUCUGCAUCCCCAAAGAAGUAGCACUGUAGAAAUAUCAGCGGGAGGACAUGGUGGCUGAAAGUCUAGUGGGGCCGGGACUAUUCAGAACCAGCAGGAGGCUGACAGUCACAGCGCUGCAAUGUGGUAUUGCUUCAUGUGUUAUGACAGUGGAUGCUAAGGUGAGGGGCAUGCGGACAUAGGUUGUGUGAUCCAGAGAAACUUAUCUGCACACAAACUAGGUGCUGGAUAGAUGCUGAGGGCAUUCUCCUCCCCCCGCCCCCACCCAUUACCACUGCCUCUGUUCAUCCAAGGCUUCCUAGGGGCCAGCCUAGCAGACAGGAGACCACAAGUGAUGGGAUCAGGGUGUGAGCUCAGAGUGUCAGCCACCCCCUCUGGGGAAAAAGAAAAGGUUUGGGUCUACUGAACAUCAUGUUUUCAGAUACUGACAGGUGGGGUCCUAAUGAGAGCCAACAGGUGCUCACUGUCAGCUCCUGUCCUAAGUGCUGGGAAAUUUCUCUUGAAUCCCUGAGAGAUGGCUGCUGUGGCUGGUAUCCCCCCUUGGAAGAUGAGGAAACUGAGGGACACAGAGGUGGAGGUGAGUUGCCAUGGCACACAGCGGAGCUGGGACCCAAGCCCAGGUGGACUGACCCAGCGUCCAGAUACCUCAUCUCCUGGGCUGCACUGUGGCCAGGUGUGAAAGCCUGUCCUGGCUUCACACACACAGCCGACUCAGGAUAGGGAUGCCCAUGGGGGAACAUGUGGCUCUCAGCAUUGGAAGGACAGAGCUAGGAUGAUGGCUUUCCAGUGGCACUUGCUCAGGUUUUGGUCCAAGUCUCAGCUUGGCCAAGGCCUGUCACUGACUUGUUUACCAAAAUCGAUGUGAUGAGGAGCCUUUACUUCUGAGGGGACAAUGUUAACUUCAGACAAGAUGAAGCUGCUCAUUUUUGCUGGGUUUGGUGGCCACUUCCCCACACCCCCGUCUCACCUUACCCCCAUUAUCCCUCCUCAGUUGGAGGCUGGACAGAGAACUGAAUAGGAAUGCCUUGCCAUUACCUAAGGCCAUGCAUGACAUCCUCCUGAGGACCUCCCCACCCCAGUUUAAUGGCCCUGCAUGGCAGAGACAGAAGGGUGGACUGGGGACCAUUUGCUUCCUGUGGCCUUCAGCAGACCAGGCCCUGUCCUUACCUGGAGCGUCACCUCCAAGGAAAUUCAAGGUCUCUAAUGGGAAAAAAAAAAAAGACUAGUGUCUGCAACUCGGAGUAGGUGUUGCAGUUUCCUGUACAGCUGUUUGGACUGCCACAGCACAGCUUGUCCCUACUCCAGAGCAUGGUUCAGUUUUUAGUAACAGUUCAAAGAGCUUCUCUGAUAAAGCUUUCUUUUUAAA